GUGCAAGAUGUCAGGACUCAAGAGAAAGAAGUCUGGAUUUAUGCCACCAAGAAUGGUAAAACAAGCAUUUGUAGAAAAUUCUCAAGAAUCACAGUCUGGGAGUGAAAGAUGUAUAGGAUUUCCACAGUCUGGUCCAUCAAACAAUUCUUAUCAAAAUGAGAAUCCAAGGAGAGUACCUUUAUUGCCACAGCAAACACAAAAUAUGAAUCAUGCUGAUGUCUCCACAACAGACAAGUCUCCAGAAAAUGACAAUUCAUUCCAAAAGUACCCAGCUGAAAGUAUUGGCAAAAAUUUGUAUAAUUUAUAUUCAAGAUAUAAUCAACAUGAAAGUGAUAGUGCUAGUGAAAACUCCAGUCAAGAGUCAUCUUACACUGGAGGAAAUAAGAGAUUGUUAUCACCCUGGUCUGUUUAUGGCUCAAAAAACAGCAGCCCAUCACUUCAUGUUGGAAUAAGGCAUGAACCUAUUACCAAAAGUCCUCAUUUUGGACCUCAAACUAGUGUAUUAGUUGAAAAGAAAGGUGCUGGAAAGAGUUUUGACAGAUCUGUUAAUAACCCAGUUGAAAGUGAAAGAUCAAAUGUAUCAGAUUAUAGCCAAUGUGAGGUAACUACAUCUUGGUCUGUAUUUAGUAGCAAAAGUGUCCUGCCACAAAACACAAAUGAAACAUUUUCUGCAGAAAUGGAUGAGGAGAAAUCCAAAGAAACAGACAAUCAGUUAGCCAGUCAGAGUAAACGAAACAUUACACAAAUUAUGAAAUUGUUAAAAAAGAAACCAUCGCCUGAUGAUAAUUUGCAAGACAGUUGUACAAAUUCUGUAAAGCAUGACAAAAGCUCAGCACUUUGCAACAGCAUUAGUAAAUCAACUACUGAAAAAUUCAGUAAGUCACCAAGAGACUUUGCUAGUCCAUAUGCCGAUCAAGGCAUGCUUGAAAGCAAUGGUACAAGUUGCAAGGAUAGACCAUACAAAAAUGAAAUUAAAGAUAACAUUUAUGAUACUGAAAUUGCUGUAAAUACUUGUGGAACUUUUCCUGAUACUGAUCAAGUCAGAUGUAAUAGUGAUAUUAGGUCUACUAAAGAAGACCUCGAUAUGCUGGAAAAAAGUGAAGAAAAUAGUGAUGAUGAAGAUUUAAUAGGCAGUUUUCACAUAAACUUCUCUCCAUUAUCACAUGUUACAGGCAGUGAUGAUGACAGUGAAAUUACCAGUAGUAUUGGUAAGGAUACUACAGAUUCCAAACAUAAAAGUAUUAGUUUGCAGAAUGAAAAAUGUGUUAUAGAAUCCGCAAUAACAAAAAAUGAUGCUGUGGACAGUGUUAGCAAUACUGCAUGUAAAACAAAACAAUCCACUGGCACCAAUCAAUCGCAUGACAGCAUUCCAUGUAAGACUAAUACUUCUGAAGAAAUUCCAGAUUUUAAUAGAAAAGAAAGUAACUCGGUCAAUUCAGGAAAACUAGAUAACCCCAACAUAGAUCAAAGAACAGAUGUAGAAGAUUGUCUUGAAAGUUCUGAGGUUGAUUUGCAGAAAGUUAGGUGUGGAGAAUCAAUGUUUGAAAGUGGCAAAGAUGUUAUACAAAACAGUGAUGGAGAGUUUUGUGAAACUAAUGAGCAAUUUGAUAUUGAUCAUGAAAAACUUAAUGCCUCAGCUUCUAGAAGGACUGCCGAAAACCACUGUACUCCAGAAAUACGUGAAGAAGAAAUUAAUGAUGAGACACACAUCAAUAGUUUUGGAGAAAAUACUUUAUUAAAGAAUUGUAUGAGUAGAUCAGAAAUAUCUGAUAUUCAUGACUGUAAUAAUGACAUAAAAGGUAAAGUGGAUUCUUUCAAAAUAGAUUACAAAGAACCAGAAGAAGGGGAUCUGUUGGACAAUGAAGUUGCAAAUGAAGAUGCCAGACAGCAGCUUUUAGAUAAGAAUGAUGUUGAAGGUACUAAUAAAACUGCUGAUAAAGAAACAGAGAUAGAUGAUUUUAGUGGUAAUGAAGAAGCCACAUACAUUGAUACAGAGCAGGCUGUAGAUAAUAAUGAAAGUCAGUAUUCCAGAACAACAUCUAUGAGUCAAGAUACAAUGGACUUCAGUUGUGAUACUAUGGAAGAUGAUAGUCAAAAUUUUGGUAUUCACACUCAGCAACUAGACAGAUUAGAGCCUUCUACUUGUGCAAGCAAGAAUAGAAAUUUUCAGUACAAAUUAAAUAGUUCAAAAGACAUAAAAAAUGAUAAGAGGUAUAUUAAUUCAGUAAACACAGGGAGACAAUGUGAAAAUGAAACUGUAAAUAAAAAUACAGCUAUAAGAAGUCUGAAUGUUGAUAAGAACCCAACAGCACUCAGUCAUGCAUCUAAUGCAUCAAGUUAUCAGAUCUCACAAUUUUUGGACAAAAGGAAAACGGUGAUGGAUGUGAUUCAUCUUACAGCUCAGCCACUCUGCCCAGACUCGGAGAAGCUGGAUUCUGAGGAUCCUUUCGUUAACUUACAUGAUAUACCUGGGACAGUUCCCCCUCAUACAAAUAUACUUAAACAGGGACAUGCUAGAGAAAAGACACAGAUUGACUGUAGGCUGGGAAGUUAUUGUACACAAGGUGUAUCAUCAGCUGUGGUGAUGCGAAUGCACCAUAAUCACCCAGAGAACAGAAAAGCUUCUAGUCCAUACAAAACAGCAUUUCAUACAGCCAGUGACAGUCCAACUGAAGAUCAAGUAUAUAACAAACACCAGUCACCAUUUCAACAGCUUUCUGAUUCAGAUUUAAGCAAGCAGUCCUCACCAAGUUUCUACAUUGACUGGCAGAAUAGCAAACCUCAAAUAUGUAAAGCAGAUAAAGUGUUUGAAGAUGAGUCAAGUACUGUAUUUAGCCAAGACUAUAAUGAUUUUACAAAUCAGGAUACUCAGUGUAGUAUGAAGAGACCAGCUUCACAGAAUAUAGAUGAGGAGGAAAUCUACAGCAAAUUGUACAAACCAAGACUCAUGUAUCAGCAUGACAAUCAAAACCAGUUUCAUUACAGUGAAAAUGAACAUUCAAAUACAUGUAAAUCCAGUAGAGAAUCAAGCCCAGUUAGCAUGCCAGAAACACUAACUCAGUUUGACAGAUGUAUGAAUAGUGCCGACAUAAGACAUGGUGGAAUAAGUACCUCACUUGACUCGUUGCCAGAUCAGAAUUUCCAGGCUUACAGAAACAUUUCAAGAGCUUGUGGGAGUAUGAUGCGGCAGCCAUAUUUUACAGAACCAAGUAACUUUCAUUCACAGUUUUCACAAUCCUCUGAUGAAUAUUUUCUUCAUGGGCAGGAGAAAUCACCAGAAUCAUCAUUAGAACCUGCCAGAGAAAGGAUAAGAUCUGAAAUUAUUGAUGAUAUUAGUCAACAAACACCAGAAUCGGAUAGAGAAUAUGAUUCCUUGAACUCUAAAUGGCAAAAUUUUGUGGCCAGUCAGACCAGUGAUGAUUGUGACAUUGAUAUGAACAAGUUGACUAAAACGGUAGAAAAUACAAGAAAAUUAAGAAAAGAUUUUGUUACAUUGAAAAGCUCACCAGGCUUGUACAAUACACAAAGAGUAUGCUUUCAGUCUGCUGUAGAGACAAGAAAUGAUCAAAAGAUAGUUUCAGAGUCAGUGAUUACCGGCCUAGAUAGUCUGCAGACCGACAUUGGUAGUGGUAAUAGUUUAUCAAAUGGCAAUGUCCUUAACACUUCAAGUACACAGCCAGAUGAAACUAAAUCCAGAGAGUUUAUUCAGAAUGAUAACAACACAGCAAUACAAACAGUUCAAAGAAUUAAAAUAGAUGAAAGUAAAGCCUUUGAUGAUAAAGUAAAUAAAGAUUGCAUUGUAAAUGAAAAAUAUGUAAAUAAUUUUGAUUCAGAUAUGUUUUCAUCAGUGGAUUCCUUUGAGGAUUUGCUAGCUGACAGUAAUUUUGAAAUAGAGGAACUGAAAGAAAAUGUAAAAAGUAAGACCAGAGAGACCGAACAGCAGGUUCCGGAAGUAGAAAUGACAGAAUCUGUUGAUACCAUUGUUACUGGUGGAGACAGUAACUUAAAGGAAAACAGUGAUAUUUUAGCCACUGCUGAAAAUGGAAUAUCUCUUGACCAAUACAGCAGCAUUGCUGAAGUGACAGGAAGUGCAAAUGUAGAAAGCAGUGUGAAAGUGAAUUUAAAUGAUUGCAAGAGGAUGAAAAUUGGUCUUGAAAAUGAAGCCCUAGUUCCGUCAGAUAAUGAAUUCAGUGCCGAGUUUGAAAGUGUAGAUGUAGAUAGUGGAAUGUUAAACAGAAAGUUAGAGGAUUCACAGAAACUUGAUGAAGUAUCUGAAACUGGAGUCAAACAUUUAGAACAAACAUCCAAUGGUGCUCUUACCAGGAACGAUAAGGAAGAUGUUAACCAAAAAGAAGAAUCUCCUUUGUUUAUUUCUGAAAGUAUGUCUGGUUCACUGGGAUUUGAUAGAAAUAAAGAUGUAGAUGUGACUGUAGGUACAAAGACAGGAAAAAAUGAAAAUGAUUUGGUUAGUUUUUCCUUAGAUGAAUCUUUGGACUUGUCGUUCUCAUUUGAUAGUAAUAUUUUAUGUGCUACUCAGUCUGAUCAACAUACCAGGAAUACUCAUACUAUGAGAAUUGGUUGGAAGCCACCCAUAAAAUCAGGCAGUCAUUUACAAUCUACUACUGGAAAUGAGACUAAGCCUCAACAGAAAGAAGCUAAAAUUUCAGAAAAAGUGAAACCUACAUUUAAGUGCCUUAGACUUUUAGCUCAGACAAAAGAGAAGAGUCAUCCAGAAAACGGUAUAAAUUUAAAAAAUAAAAAUGAUAAGGAAUCAAAAACAAUGUCUCCAUAUUUAGAAAGUGACAGUGGUUCAGUUCAACAGAAAUGGAAAUUCAAGAGUCCAAAACAAAGUCCAGACCUGCAUUACAAUGUAAAACAAUCAUUCAAUCCAGGGGAGAAAAAUCUUAUACCAAAUCUUGGUAGGAAAGAUUGCAAAGAGACAACAGAAGAUGAAAUAUGCAAUCUAAAGAGAUUUCAAGAAGGGAAGUUACCAAAUAUUACAUCAAACAAAAGUUUUAAGCCACCUUCCUUGACAAGAACACCUAUUGUUAACAGAACAAUCUCUUCUCCUUGUGUGCCUCGCAGACACACUGUUGACAGAAAAGUUCCUGACCAGCAGGGACCAGGUGUAAGCCAGACAGAAUUUAGAUUUCCAAGUAGGUCAGAGACUGAAAGGUUGCAGACUGUACUGAGACAAGUUAUUAUUCCAGAAACCUUCCCUUCAGCCACUGUCUACAAACAGGUCCUUACUGCUGCACUUACAGAAUAUGUGAACACUCAACUUUUUGAUGUGGCCAAAAGAUACCAUCAUGCUUUGUCAAAAGUGGACACCUCAGGAUACUCUGAAUACAAAUCAAAAAACAGUAGAGGAUGUGUAAAUAAUCCAAACCCCCAGUGUCAGUGUGGUGUACCCUCUAAGAUGAUCUGUGUGAAGAAAGAGGGAGCUAACUGCGGGAGAUAUUUCUAUGCUUGCAGUGCCAACAGGAAACAGCAGUGUAAGUUUUUCCAGUGGGCAGAUGAGAUGAGGAAAGGAGGUGUGAUGUCUGGUAGUAAACGUAAGAUACAAGAUACACAGAGUCUGAGAAUGUACAUGAAAGACCAACAUGUACAUUUCUACGGAGAAUGUCAGCUGAUCAAAAGGACAAAGGAGAAUAUCAACAAAUAUUUUAAGGCACCUAAAUGGGCUAGAAACAGAGGUAAUGGAGACAUGGUACAGAAGAAACAGAUCUUCCUGAAACUUCCCUAUAAAGGACGAUCCUCUGUCUAUGCUAAAGAUGAUAUAUGGGUAAUAUCAAAGCAUUUAGACUUUGAUCCACUGCAGUCAUUCCUUGCAAGAAGUACAUACUAUGGUCCUUCAUCCUCUCUGGAAGUAGAAAUAGAACCCCUCACUGGCUACAGCCCAUCAAACUGGCAACAUGAAGAUGUUUGUCAUGGUAUAUUGGCUGGUAAUGUAUCUACAGAGCUGAGUUGUUUAGACAAUAUAAGAGAAUAUAUAGAGGCUUGGAUGCCCCCUAUACUGCCUCAUCUUCUUAACAGGCAAAAUGUAGACACAGAGCAAGUUAGGAAUUCCAGCAGAGGUUUUCAGGCACCAAAAGUACUUGGUGAUCAGUGUAACCAGUCUGGCAGAAAUAUACAUAUACAUUCUGAGCAAAUUGAUGAUUUAUCCAGUCAGUAUAUAGAGAGGUACAGACUGAACACUGAUCAAGCUGAGGCCCUGAGGAGGGUAGCCAAUAUGUUCUCUAUAGAGAAAUCUUCAGUUGUAGACAGUAUUCUGCUUAUACAUGGUGUAUUUGGUGCAGGGAAAAGUUUUCUACUCUCUAUAAUGGUUCUCUUCCUGGUUGAGGUGUUCCAGUUGAAUGAUUCUCAGUCUCCAGGCCAACCAUUUCCAUGGAAACUACUCAUAUCAUCAACAACAAAUGUUGCUGUGGACAGAAUUUUAAUUGGUCUUUUAGAUCUUGGUUUUGAAGAUUUUGUCAGGGUUGGAAGUGUGAAGAAAAUUGCUAAACCUGUUUUACCCUUCAGUGUACAUGCAUCUGGAACAGACAAUCAGGAGCUUAAAGAUCUCCAAGAAAUGCUUAGAAGUGGUGACUUGACUGCUGCAGAAAAGAGCCAUGUGAGACAAAGCAUAGAAAAGCACAGAUUAGGAGAAAAUAAAAAGAAACUGGGUAAAGUUAGGGUAGUUGGAGCAACCUGUGCCUCAUGUUCACUGACCUGCCUUAACAACAUGGAAUUUCCACUUGUUCUAUUGGAUGAGUGUAGUCAGAUGACAGAACCAGCUUCAUUACUCCCUGUAGCAAAAUUUGGAUGUCAGAAACUUCUACUGGUUGGUGAUCCUAAGCAAUUGGAUCCAACAAUUCAGGGAGCAGACGCUGCCCAUCAGAAUGGACUGGAACAGACGAUGUUUGACAGACUUAUAAGAAUGGGAAGUGUGCCGACAUUAUUGAGAACACAAUAUCGCUGCCACCCAAACAUCAGUGCUGUGGCAAAUAAACUGUUCUAUGGUGGAAUGUUGGAAGAUGGCAUCUCAGAAGCUGACAGAAAGCCAUUGUUGGAAGUACUGCCAACAAUAUGUUACUUUGAUGUAGAGAGAGGAGAGGAAUGCUGUGAGGCUGCAGCAAGUUAUUACAAUGAGAGAGAGUCACAGUUUGUUGUAUUCUUGCUGCAAGUUCUGCUGUCAUCAGGGCUUGAACCUUCUGCCAUUGGUGUGAUCACACUGUAUAAAUCCCAAAUGGCUAGAAUCUCAGAUCUUCUUACAGGGCAAGGAGACUGUAUGGAUAUGAAGGGAGUGCAGGUAUCUACAGUGGACGCCUUUCAGGGCGGGGAACGUGAUGUUAUUAUACUGUCAACAGUCAGGUCUAGGGCAUGUGGAUUUAUUGAUAAUGACAAGAGAGCAAAUGUUGCCCUUACAAGAGCCAGACACCACCUUCUUAUUGUUGGGAACUUAAACAAUCUCUCCAAGAAUGUGUUGUGGGGGAAAGUUAUCAACCAUUGUAAAUGCUACGAAAAUGGAAUCCAGUCUGCAGAUGAAGCAAGACACAGUCUGGAAAAAUAUCUAGAAAACUUGAAAUUUUGUGAAACCGGUCAAGGAAGCAUGAGCAGUAAACCAGUUGACUCUCAGAACAGUAGUGCUAGUGGAAAACCAACAAGGAAAAGGAAACCAAAAAGAAAACGGAAGUUAUCAGAUAGUGAGAUGAACAAAGAAGCCUCUUCCUGUGAAACUAAUAAGCAGUCACUGAAUAGUUCCAGUAAUUCUACAAGAAGAUCUAAGAAAAGGACUAAAAAGGGCAUUACUUCAGACCCAGAUCAUGUGAUAGAAGAUGGAAUAGAUGAGGAUUUUGAUGAGGAUUUUAUAGCAGAUAUUCUGGACACAAACUUACCUGAAACAGAAGUUAAUAGCAGGCUAUCUGAUGAAGAUUCAGCACAGAUCAUUGACAACUGUCAGUCAGAUAAACAGCAGAGGAAGAGACAGAAACACAAAGAUAGAUUGAGCAGUCUUGUGUUUGACUCCGACCAAGAUAAUACAGUUGACGAGGAUCUCCCCAUUUUCAACUGUGAUUAGAAUUAGAUUAUGACAUUAUUCUCUUACAUAUUACCUGAAUUUAGUAGUGCUGCGAAGCUCUCACUCUUGCAGUAAUUGUGAUGUGUUGCUGUUAAAAUACCAACUUGAACAUUUUUACAAUAUUUUCUUGAACAAUAUCCACCUUAAAAAUGUAAAUUAUGACAAAUUUGUGACAAAUGGAAAUGUGUAAUUCCAUCUUAAUGUGAUAUUUUUUUUCUUUCAGUAUCAUUAAAAUAUAUAUACUAUA